CGGCGGCCCGGCGCUGGGGGAGGGGGGCGCUGACCCGGAUGUUCACUCCUGGGCACCCGGGGAAGUGGAAGCGCCGGGCCCUGCUGCUGGGGGGAGAGCCACAGACGCCGGGACCGGGACCGCCGCCGACGCCGCCACCAUGAGUGAUCAGCAGCUGGACUGUGCCUUGGACUUAAUGAGGCGCCUGCCUCCACAGCAGAUCGAGAAAAACCUCAGCGACCUGAUCGACCUGGUCCCCAGUCUAUGUGAAGAUCUCCUGUCUUCUGUUGACCAGCCGCUGAAGAUCGCCAGAGACAAGGUGGUGGGAAAGGAUUACCUUUUGUGCGAUUACAACAGAGACGGGGACUCCUAUAGGUCACCAUGGAGUAACAAGUAUGACCCUCCCUUGGAAGACGGGGCCAUGCCUUCUGCUCGGCUGAGAAAGCUGGAGGUGGAAGCCAACAAUGCCUUUGACCAGUACCGAGACCUGUAUUUUGAAGGCGGCGUCUCGUCUGUCUACCUCUGGGAUCUGGAUCACGGCUUCGCGGGAGUGAUCCUCAUAAAGAAGGCUGGAGACGGAUCAAAGAAGAUCAAAGGCUGCUGGGACUCCAUCCACGUGGUGGAAGUGCAGGAGAAGUCCAGUGGUCGCACUGCCCAUUACAAGCUGACCUCCACGGUGAUGCUGUGGCUGCAAACCAACAAAUCCGGCUCUGGCACCAUGAACCUCGGAGGCAGCCUGACCAGACAGAUGGAGAAGGACGAAACCGUGAGCGACAGCUCGCCGCACAUAGCCAACAUCGGGCGCCUGGUAGAGGACAUGGAAAACAAAAUCAGAAGUACACUGAACGAGAUCUACUUUGGGAAAACAAAGGACAUCGUCAAUGGGCUGAGGUCUGUGCAGACGUUUGCGGACAAAUCCAAACAAGAAGCUCUUAAGAACGACCUGGUGGAGGCGUUGAAGAGAAAGCAGCAAUGUUAAACCUCCGCUUCACGCUGCCGGACCUGCCAUGCACUCGAUAGGUUCCUUUCUUAGAAAACUCACUUUCUGCUCCCCGCCCCCCCGCCCCGCCCCGACAGGUCACACCACAACCUGCGUCGCCGACCUGCACAGCGCCGUCACACCCUGAGAAUAAAGCCGCUAACACCCUCCUCGUCUCCAAGGCCUGCUUCCACCACGUCCCGCCGUCAGACUCGAUGUUCCCUAGAGACCGUGUGCGUUGUGUUCGCCCCGCCCCCGUUUGCGGGCAUCAGACACACCGUCUGCCUGCCUCCCCCUCCUCCCACCUUUUUGUUACAUUGGUGUAAAAAAUGUAAAACAAAAAAAUUUUAUGAAAUAACUGUGGUGUGUGAAAGAUAGAAGAAAAACUGGAAAUCUGAUUCCACGUGUGUUUGGGAGUUGCUUGGGGGUGGGGGAGGGGGGCGGGGACGGCUCUGGGAGGAAGGAGAGGUGGCCCCCGGCACUGUCCCGCACAGCCCGGCCCCGCCCCGCGGAGGCCACCGCGAGCGUGGGGGCGCAGGGGCGGGGCCCGCUGGCCGUUCUGCUCUUUUGGUCAGGUGCUUUUCUGUCGAUUUUUAUGGAAUGCAAAAGGAGUUUUUUGUUUUAUUUUGUUUUUUUGUAAA